AAUAACACUUUGCAAUCAAUUUCCUCAAACAAACAUACCCAUGGAAAACACAUUAUGCUGGAAUUUUUAUCAUGAAGACAAUAUUCAUUUUCCUUUUUGUGUUGAAAGUUUCCCUGCAAGUUAACGUAAAAAAUGAAACUUUGUGUGAAGGAAGACCAAGUCCAUGCUGUGCCGGCUAUAUGUUGAGUACAAAUUCUGGCUCAUGUGUAGCAUGUUCGUUGGGAUACUUUGGACCUAAGUGCAAAUGGCAAUGUCCCUAUCCCCAGUUUGGAAGAUUUUGCCAGAGAAGAUGUCUUUGUGAUAGAAAGAAAUGUAACAAACGUACAGGAUGUAUCAGAGAUAUUAAUCCAGGUGUAUUGCAAACAGUGAAACCAUUUUCGACGACAACUGAAUUAUUCCCAGCUUUGAACAAAAGUAAUGCAAUACCAAAGAGUUUCCUAAGGUCAAGAGGACAAGAGGAUAACGAUGUACAAAGAGAAUCCAUUGCAGCCAGAGAAGGAGACAGAGCAACACCUAUCAGAUACACCAUCGCCAGUCUUGUGGGUUUAUCUGUCCUUCUGAUGACUCUGUACUUCGUCUCCACUGUAGUUAAGAAAUACAGACGACCAGGGAAAUCAAUGAAUCUAGAAAAAAGAGAGAAUAUGGUCAAUAGUGCUAAAGAAAAAGAAGGCAGAUUUUGAAUAUGUACAUGUACUUGGCGCAGAGUUCGAAGUAUAUCAUGGAAGUCUUAUUUUGCCUAAUUUCAUUGACAUAUUAUGAUGUGUUUCCUUGCUCAAGUGUGUAAAAUUGUAUAUAUUCAUUUUCAAAGUGUAAUGAAAAAAUGCAAUACUUUCUUCACUUGAAAUUUUAUUUCCAUGCAUGAUGCGUUCAUAAUCUGAUGCAACACACAUACAUAUAAGCUUCAUUGAUUCCUAUUCUUAACCAUAAGAUUGCAUUUGAUCAAGAUUGAUGACUUGAAUUGAUCAAAUUAAAUAUGAAAAUUUAGAAAAGAUUUUAAGUAAGACGUGUUAAAAUAUGUGAUUUGUGAAGUUGAUUUAAAAUUUAAUUGAAAUUUAACGUGAUUGGAGUUCCUGUAAAUUAAACAAAAUAAACUAUUUCCGUAUUUCAUGAAUACUUUAUUCUGAAUCCAAAUGAAAAAUUCAUUGCAUUAAAUUUAUGAAUUAUAUGUAAAUUUCCUGAAAAUCAAAACGUUUAUCAACUUUGGAAACAUUCCAAUAACACAUUAUUUUUAUUGUCGACAUUCCUGUGCUUAGUCUGAAUACUUUCAGCAUUUUAUUUAUCUAAACAUUUAUAUCGGGAGUUAACCAAAAAAAUAAUAAUAAUAAUAAUAAAAUAGUGAUACUGCAAACAGGGAAUAUUUCGCCUCCGUUUUAUUUUCGCUCCUUUCGCCCUUGUCAUAAGUGGGCGAAUUUAAAAAGGGGCGAAUUCAAAGAACACAGUCUUAAUUCUUAAACAGAACUGGAACUGGGCGAAUUAAAAACGGGGGAAAUGUGUAAACAAGUGUAAAAGAGCGAAAAUAACACGGGGCGAAAAUAACCCUGUAAACAGUAAUUGAAUUCUUGUAGUCGAGGCUAAUUCGAAUGUUUCUACUUUUUUAACUAAAGGGAAUACCAGAGUAUAAAAAAAAUACAUCUUUAAGUUCUUUAAAAUGCAUUUCAAUUUUUUUCUUCACCAGCAUACAUGUACUGUCAUGUCUCCAUAUGAGUGAUAAAUU